AUGGAUGCUCUCCGUGCAAGGAGAUCUUUCCGUCGCUCCAACAAUACUGCAGGGACUGCCGAUGCAACGUCUCCUAACUGGGCAGGCGUCGCUAUCUCGCAAACAGGAGUUACCGAGGUUUCCGGCACCUUUACAGUCCCGCAGCCAAAACUUCCAGCUGGUGGCGACCCGAGUGUUUCAUAUUGUGGUGUUGCAUGGGUGGGAAUUGAUGGGUGGACUAACGGCGAUCUCAUCCAAACCGGUGUCCUCUGGUGUAUCACUGAGGGCGAAACCUUCUGGGAUCCUUGGUAUGAGUAUCUCCCUGGUGCUAUUACCAUAUAUGAGGGGGUUACUGUAAGUGCUGGAUCAGUUGUUACUGUUACUGCCACGAAGACUGGCACUAAUAGUGGAGUCACCACAUUAACGGUUGAUGGUAUUACCGUAUCCCAUACUUUUACUGGAGAAAACUUCAGCUUGCCUGGCACAAGUGCUGAGUGGAUUGUCGAAGACUAUGAAUAUUCAGUCGCCGGUCCCCCCUUUGUUCCAUUUGCGGACUUUGGAUCUGUCACCUUUACCGGAGCAACCGCCGUUGUUAACGGGGCCACUAUUACACCGGGUGAGGGCAAUUGGGUUAUCAUUGACCUGGAACGUUCAAACAGUUCCAUCACAUCAUCAAGCUUUUCUGGCAGCACGGUGACUAUCAAUUACCUAUAA